AAUUUCCAUGGAUGCUUAUCCCAUAAUUACUGAUCAAGAUGUAGUAAAACAAGAGCCAGAAGUUCUGGUUUCUCCAAGCAACCCAACACCACAUGAAACUAUUUUUCUUUCCAAUAUUGACCAAGCAGUGGCUUUCCCAGUUGAAACACUCUUCUUUUUUGAUGUCUCUCUCACCAAGUACACUUCCUCAACAAUGGAUAUCCAUGAAAGGGUGAAGAGAGCAGUAGAAAUGCUUCUUGUUCCUUACUAUUUCAUGGCUGGUAGGCUUAAUUUCAACAAGGAGACUAGAAGGUUGGAUCUUUUGUGUAACAAUGCUGGUGUUUUGUUUGUUACUGCAAAUUCAAGGCUUGUAUUGAAGGAUCUUGGCAAUCUCUCUCUUCCCAAUUCUACAUUUCACCAUUUCAUCCAGAGGCCUGGCCUAUACAAAAGCCUUGCAGAUAAAGCACUUUUCACUAUCCAGGUUACAAGGUUUUCAUGUGGAAGUUUCUCAAUUGGGUUUGUGACAAAUCACUGUAUGCUUGAUGGCACAUCAGCUGGUGAUAUGUUUGAGAGUCUUGCAUCUAUUUGUAGAGGUGAAGGUCUAAAAGCCAAUGUUGUCUACAAUGAUAGAACUUUUUUAAAAGCAAGAAAUCCGCCUAUAGUUAAGUAUCCACACAGAGAAUAUGUAAAGAUAAGGGAGAUUUCAUCUCUAGCUUCCCUCUUCACUGCAGCAGGCCAAUUAUCUCCUUCUCCAUUGGUUUUCUCUAACAAAUUUAACUGCAUUCAGAAGGUUUUUUCUUUCAGUCCUGAAAUGAUUAAUACCCUCAAAGGAAAAGCCGAGAGUUCUUGCACAAGCUUUGAAGCCAUUGUAGCUCAUGUAUGGAGAGCAAGAAGUAAGGCUGUUUUUGACAACUUAGAGGAGUUCUCAACCGUUCUUUUUGCAGUGGACAUAAGGUCAAUAAUUUCACCAAAUUUACCAGAUGGGUUCGCCGGAAAUGCAGUGAUCACAGCAUUUGCGACAGAAAAAGUUGGUGAUUUGGUGAAGAAGCCAUUGUCAUUCGGUGUAAGGAAGAUGAAGGAAGGUAGAGAAAGAGUUACAGAUGACUAUAUAAGGUCAGUGAUAGAUUGGCUGGAGGUGCACAGAGGGAUACCUGCGACACAAAACGGGAACUUCUAUGUGUCAGCUUGGUGGAAACUGCCAUUUAAUGAGCUUGAUGUUGGGUUCGGAAAGGCUAUUCAUGGAGGACCAGUGUUGAGUGCGAAUGAUGAAUUUGUGUUGUUGCUUUCUGAUGGAAAGAGCCUGGAAAAUGGAGGAGGAGGGAUUAACGUUUGGAUGGGUCUCGAAGAAGAGAAGAUGAAGAAAUUCAUGGUUCACAUACUUGAGAUAUGAUACUUUAAAUAAUCCGAAAACAGAAAAUUAUAUGUUCCCAUGAUGAUUCUGAUAUGUUGAAGUUCAAAGUUUUAUUUCACCAUGUAAUAAAUAUGAUCAGCAGC